AAUUAAUCGUGAGCGCUUAAACACAAACUUUCGACACUGUUCUGGUAGCAUCUCAAAUCUUCAAGCUUCAUUGCUUUCUUCGAGUCUCGAAAUGAGUAAGGUCGUUUUCGUGGGAAAUGUCCCCUACAACAUGGGGGAGGAACAGCUCAUUGACGUCUUUAAGUCGGUCGGCCAAGUUGUGGGUUUCAGACUGGUCUUUGACAGAGAGACAGGAAAACCUAGAGGUUAUGGCUUCUGUGAAUUUGCUGAUCAUGAAACAGCUGCAUCUGCUGUGCGGAACCUCAAUAAUGCCGAUGUUGGUGGUCGCCCUUUACGAAUUGAUCUCGCCGACUCCGAUCCCUUCCUCGAAGGCAAGACUACUGUGCGAGGCGAGUUGCUCGAUGGGAGUGAUCCAAGAGGCCGCUGGCGUGAGCACCGUGAGCAAGAUCGCGACCGCGACCGAUAUGAUAAUAUUCGCGAUCAACCCAAAUCUCAAGACCCAAAUUCUUUCCUGUCAAGUUUGCCACCCGGUGUGCCCAUAACUCCUGGAUCGACUGCAUUAGAUACCAUCAGCCAGACACUUGCAACUAUGAGCCCAGCUCAGUUAGUCGAAGUGCUUGCCCAGAUGAAGGCUUUUGUGAUUACCCACCCGGAUCAAGCAAGGGCACUACUUGUUGCGCAUCCGCAGUAUGCGUAUGCGUUGUUUCAAGCAUUGCUACUGAACAAAAUCGUAGACCAGAGUGUUCUCCAGCGCAUGCUACAAGCAACUGCGGGUAGUGGUGCUUCCCCAGGUCCAGGAAUUCCUCAACAGCCCCACCACCAAAUGCAAUACCAGCAGUCUCCACCCAUACACCAGCCUCAACCUCACAUGCCUCCGCCAAUGUCUGGCCCUCCACCCGCGUCAACUGCUCCACCGAGCAUGUUCCCGCAUCAACAGCCCCCGUCGCACAUGCCAGCUCCACCGCCACAACAAUCUUGGUAUCGGCCUCCACAACACGCAGUCCCCCCGCCCCACUCGGCUCCCAUGCCUGACCUAAACAUUGAUCCGGCUCAAAGGCAAAUGCUAAUGCAGGUACUCAGCUUAACUCCAGACCAGAUCAAUGGCUUGCCACCUUCGGAGCGAGAAGCAAUCCAGAACUUGGUAUGUUUGAUAUGAGUCUUAUUCGGUCAUCUUAGCUUACCGGCUCCGGGUGAAAGCGCAAUCAAUUUUUGGGAGGUA